AAGCUCCAGCCCAUUUUGCUUUGUUAAGUGGAGCUCAAAGAGUUUUUAGUUUGCAACAAAAGGUGAAAGAAUGGCGAAUCUGUCAUCCUAUCUACCUACCUACCACGUUUUCAUGAUAUAUUAUCAUAGUUAUACAGUAAGUUUUGGUUGGGGAAUAGAAAUACCACGAUCAGUUUGGGACCUUUUGGUCAUUUAUGUAAGAGAUGUACUUAAUGUUCAAUAUGCCAUUAAUGACCUGGUCCACGCGAGGCACAAUAGGAGGAUAGCCCAACAUACUCAACAGUCCACAGACCAUGGCCAUCCAAUCUACAUGGUUGGACUCGCUUUUUUCGUGCCAUUUAUUCCUUCCACUUUUAUCAUAAGCUACGCAGUUUGAGCUUCUCUCUCUACUAUGCUACGUAGUCAUAUAAGCCUUGCUUAUUGAGAUCACAGCACAAUGCCUACUGCGGUUUCAUCUAGUUAAAUAACAGUUAGGAACAAUUAAUAACUGUGAAAACCUUCUAACUUCCUAAGGUUGAGCAGAACUGGGCUAAGAAGUUCUAAUUUUCCAGCAAGAAGUUGGUGAAAAUGGCACAAAUCUUGGCACCCUCUUCCCAAUGGCAGAUGAGAAUACCAAAGAACUCUGCACUUGCAAGUCCCACGACAGCAAAGGUGUGGAGUUCUCUACUGUUAAAGCAGAACAAGAAAGCAACAGCUAAAAACACUGCCAGAUUUAGAGUGUUUGCUGCGCAGUCUGAGAAUAGCACUGUCAAUAGGCUAGAGAAUCUUCUAAAUUUGGACAUUACCCCGUACACUGACAAGAUCAUUGCUGAGUAUAUUUGGAUCGGAGGAUCUGGUAUUGAUCUGCGAAGCAAGCCAAAGACAAUCGCAAAGCCUGUAGAACAUCCAUCAGAGCUUCCCAAGUGGAAUUAUGAUGGUUCAAGUACUGGACAAGCACCAGGAGAGGAUAGUGAAGUUAUUCUAUACCCUCAGGCAAUUUUUAAGGAUCCAUUCCGUGGAGGUAACAAUAUCUUGGUAAUCUGUGAUUCAUACACGCCAGCAGGUGAACCCAUCCCUACGAACAAACGCCACCGUGCUGCUGAGAUUUUCAGUAACAAGAAGGUUGCAGUUGAAGUUCCAUGGUUUGGGAUUGAGCAAGAGUACACCUUACUUCAAACAAAUGUGAAGUGGCCUUUGGGCUGGCCUGUUGGAGGCUAUCCUGGUCCUCAGGGUCCUUAUUACUGUGGAGCUGGGGCUGAUAAAUCUUUUGGUCGAGACAUAUCAGAUGCUCAUUACAAGGCCUGUUUAUAUGCUGGAAUUAACAUUAGUGGCACCAAUGGAGAGGUUAUGCCUGGCCAGUGGGAGUAUCAGGUGGGACCCAGUGUGGGAAUUGAUGCUGCAGAUCAUAUAUGGUGUUCAAGAUACAUUCUUGAGAGAAUCACUGAACAAGCUGGUGUUGUUCUUUCACUUGAUCCAAAACCAAUUGAGGGUGAUUGGAAUGGUGCAGGAUGUCACACUAAUUACAGCACAAAGAGGAUGAGGGAGGACGGUGGCUAUGAAGUGAUAAAGAAAGCAAUCUUGAAUCUGUCACUUCGCCAUAAUGAACACAUUAAUGCUUAUGGUGAGGGAAAUGAGAGAAGGUUGACUGGAAAACAUGAAACAGCCAACAUCAACACAUUUUCUUGGGGAGUGGCUAAUCGUGGUUGCUCAAUCCGGGUGGGGCGUGAUACUGAGAAGAAGGGCAAAGGUUACUUGGAAGAUCGGCGUCCAGCUUCAAACAUGGACCCUUAUGUGGUGACCUCACUACUGGCAGAAACUACAAUUUUGUGGGAACCAACCCUCGAGGCUGAAGCUCUUGCUGCUCAGAAGUUGGCCUUGAAAGUUUAAUGUUAUUUGGUUGAAGACAACCUGACGGACGUAGGCAGCAAUGGCUUGAAUUUAGUUGGCCUGUCCUCAGGGAAAGUUUUCUCUUCUCAGUUAUCAGUCAUUAGGAAAGAUCUUCGUAAAUAAAGGUCCCGAUGUCAGUAGACAGUUUAUGCCCAAGCUUGUAAAAUGGGCACACAGAUGGAAGAUACAAAUGGAUGAGAGUCUCUUCACUAUUAGUUUCCACUUACGAGCAAUUGGUUGAUGUUUGAACCAUUGACAUCCUGGUCUUUUUCUCCCGCUUUUUGACAAUGUCUGCACAUUUUAAUUUGGUGAUAUCACAUUGAUGUUCUGGAUUUGUUUGAUUA